GAGGGGUGAUUUUUCCAAGCAAGAGGAGCCCGUCAGCAAGAGACGCAUCGGGUGAAAUCGGAGCUACUGUUCUCCCUCCCCCCACCCCCCACCCCUCCUCUCUCUCUCUCUCUCUCUCUCUCUCUCUCUCUCUCUCUCUCUCAGCUCCCUUCUCUCCAUCUCCUCCGCACCCCCCUCCCUCCCUCCCCUCCUCCAGCCCAGUACGCCUGGCUCGGGUUGAUAUACAGUAUCCCGCAUGGAGAUAUAGGGGGGGCCGGAGGAACCUUGUUGCGCCCCCGACAACUGUCCGCGUUCCGCUCGAGCCGGGGAGGAACGUUUGCGCACGUCUCCAUCCAUGUCUCACCAACGCUGCCCCGUGUCUCCGGAGGGAGCCGCAUUCAUUACCACUCCAGCUUUGGGUUACUAAAUGGUUUUCUGGGGGAGGAUCUCUAACCGGCGAGAUGCUGCUCGUACUCCUGCUGGCAGCCUUUUCUUCGUCCAUCUCCGGCACCCUCUCCUCCUCUCUCUCCUCCCCCUCCAUGUCGGACGGACCCCAGACAGUCGACCCGUCAGCCUCGGACUUGAUGGCCGAGACCUGCAGCGCCUGCUCCUGCAUGUCGGUGGAAAACGUGCUGUACGUCAACUGCGAGAAGAUCACCGUCUACCGGCCCACGCAGCUCAUACCGCCGGCCUCGUCCCUGUACCACCUGAACUUUCAGAACAACUUCUUAAUCAUCCUCUACCCAAACUCCUUCCUCAACUUCACCCACGCUGUGUCGCUGCAGCUGGGGAACAACAACCUGCAGAACAUCGAGGGCGGGGCGUUCAUGGGGAUGAGCGCCUUGAAACAGCUGCAUCUGAACAAUAAUGAGUUAAAGGUGCUGCGAGCGGACACUUUCCAAGGGAUAGAGAACCUGGAAUACCUGCAGGCUGACUACAACUUGAUAAAAUACAUCGAAAAGGGAGCGUUUAACAAACUGCACAAGCUGAAAGUGCUGAUACUGAAUGAUAAUCUCAUACAGGCACUUCCUGACAACAUAUUUCGCUUUGCCUCGCUCACGCACCUGGAUAUAAGGGGGAACCGCAUCCAGAAGCUUCCUUAUUUGGGGGUUCUGGAACAUAUUGGGCGUAUUGUUGAGCUGCAGCUGGAUGACAACCCCUGGAAUUGUACCUGUGAUUUAGCACCUCUCAAGGCAUGGCUCGAAAACAUGCCCUAUAAUAUUUUUAUCGGCGAGGCCAUAUGUGAAACUCCGACUGACUUGUACGGGAGGCUCCUGAAAGAAACCAACAAACAGGAGCUUUGUCCCAUGGGAACAGGAAGUGACUUUGAUGUCCGGAUGCCGCCCAUGCAUCCUGAUAACGGACAGUCCCCGUCCAAAAUGUCCCCGACCACCGUGGUUCCCUUAGCCACAAAAUCGCCAAAAACCACUGACUCAUCUAAGAUUUACGGUAACGGUAUCGUGGCUGGUUUACCCCCUUUUGGAAGAAAUAGCCAGAUUGUCUCCUUUCAGACACGGACCCCUCCAUUGUUGUGUCCACAGCCCUGCAGCUGUAAAGCCCACCCCUCUGACUUUGGCAUCAGCGUCAGCUGUCAGGAGAGGAAUAUUAAAAAUCUAGGCGAUCUCAUUCCCAAACCCCCAAAUGCCAAGAAACUUCACCUGAGCGGGAAUUACAUCCAUGACAUCAGCCCAGCAGAUUUCCAAGGGUUUGAGGGUUUAGAUCUGCUCCAUCUCGGCAGCAAUCAAAUCGUAACAGUCCAGAAAGGAGUGUUUGCUAACCUCACUAACCUGAGGAGACUGUAUUUGAAUGGAAACCAGCUGGAACAGCUACACCCAGAGAUGUUUUUGGGCCUGUCAAACCUGCAGUACCUAUAUUUGGAAUACAAUGCCAUAAAAGAAAUCUUAGCAGGCACCUUUGACUCCAUGCCGAACCUGCAACUCCUCUAUCUCAACAACAACGUUCUGCGCAGUCUCCCCGCCUACGUGUUUGCGGGUGUCUCUUUAGCCAGACUGAAUCUGAAAAACAACCACUUCAUGACCCUGCCAGUGAGCGGAGUCUUGGACCAGCUGCAAACAUUGACCCAGAUAGACCUGGAGGGGAACCCGUGGGAGUGUUCCUGCGAUCUUGUCGCCCUCAAACUCUGGCUAGAAAAGCUAAGUGAUGGAGUGGCUGCCAAAGAGGUGAAAUGUGCCUCCCCUGUGCAGUUCUCCAACAUAGAGCUGCGUCUCUUAAAAAAUGAGAUCCUGUGUCCCAAGCUUGUGGCGAGGCGGCCGUUCAUUCUCACAAGCGCCACCCCUAUUUUGACCUCAGUGUCGCCUGCUGGCGUCGGCAAAGCACCACCAGGAGGGCCCGUGCCGCUCUCCAUCAUGAUCCUCAGCAUCCUCGUAGUGCUUAUCCUCACUGUGUUUGUAGCCUUCUGCCUUCUAGUCUUUGUCCUGAGGCGGAAUAAAAAACCAGUGGGCCGGCAGGAGGGGCUCGGGAAUCAGGAGUGUGGCUCCAUGUCGCUGCAGCUCCGCAGACACAGCCACAAGUCGGGCAAAAAAGGCGCCAUCCCGGGAGACGACUUGGGAGGCGAGACGUUCAUCCCCCAGACCAUCGAGCACAUCGGCAAGAGCCACACCUGCGGGAUCGGACGCUCGUCAGACAUGGACGCCGGGUUCAAGUUUGCAGACUCACAGCGGCAGAAGAUCAUCCUCAAGGACAAGGACGCGCUCUCCACGCUGGAGCGCAACAAACGCCUCAGCACCAUCGACGAGCUCGAGGAGUUCCUGCCGCACCGGGAGCCCAGCAUGUUCAUCCAGAACUUCCUGGACAGCAAACGAGAUUUCAACAGUAUAGGGAUGGGCGGGUACGAAAUCCGCUACCCGGAGAAAACGCUGGAUAAAAAGAUGAAGAAGUCAUCGCUGAUAGGCGGGAACCACAGUAAGAUCGUGGUGGAGCAGAGAAAAAGUGAGUAUUACGAGCUGAAAGCCAAGCUCCAAGGACCGCCUGAUUACAUGCAGGUGCUCGAGGAGCAGACUGCACUGAGUAAAAUGUAGGGAUUGUUGUGUUUGAUUUAGUGCAUUGAUUACACACACACACAUACAGGAGGAAGUCAGACAGACACACAUGCAGGCAGACAGACAGCCAAACAACAUCUGCCUUUCUCUGGUUCUUGCUCUAUGGCCACACACACACACACACACACACACACACACGAUUCAACCCCCCACAAGACCUCUUGCUUUCUGUCUCCAUCUCCCUCUCUGCAGCCACACAUGCACACAAACACACACGCACACACACACUCCCACACACAGCAAAAAAGUGCCUUCUGGAAAUCCUUAAUGACCAAUGCAGAGAUGGACAAAAUGGCUCCACACUACAAAAAGCUAUUACUAGAAUCAGCGUGGAUCUAUUUCACAGUAAAAGACCUUUCGGAUUAUCCACGCCACCACAUGUAUGAUCUCACAUACAUAAACCACAGGACAACCCGUAAAAAGCAACCAGACAGUCAGAGUAUUUUUGCUGCUAAUGAAAUGGGUACUUAUCUUCUUCUUCUUUUUUUUUUUUUUUUGUUGUUGUUGUUCUUGUUGUUCUUUCCUCCUCCUUUUGUUUUUGUUUUUUUUUCCCAACCAAAAUCAAAAGGGUCUUGAAAACAGUGCUUGAGAAUAUACCUCGCCGUCUUCAAACCCCCUCGUUUAAAAGAGAAAAAAAAAAAAGAGAGGAAAAAACAAAGGAGGGCAUGUCGGUCGUUGUUCUUCUUGCUCUGGAUUGAACCCAAAACAGCUACUUCUGGGAUGAAAUUAACAUAAAUUGGGGACUCGAUGGAUGCUACUUUGCUUUUUUUUUUCCUUUUACUUUGCGGGGAUAUCUUGUUUGUUCUUGGGGGAUGCCCUCUGGAGUCGGCCGCAGACUCUCUGCCAUCUUGUCGGGAUUACGCACCAGUAGCAGUACACCUGCUCUUUGCUGGGAGGCUAAAAAAAACGGCUCCUGUUUUCCACUCACGGGGGAAUCGGAGGGCACCGCAGAAAACUCUUUCCGGGGAUUGAUUUAGUGACGUGUUCUCUUUUGUGUAAAGAGCCAUGUGAAUUAUAGUGUCUUCUGAAUGGAGUUGUGUUUCUCUUCAAAAAUUGCUACUUACAGUAACUGUAUGUUUUGGGUGAAAUCUAACGGCACAUACACUGUCAGAGGACGUUGUUUCUGAAAAAUGACAAACCCAAGGAUUAAAAAAAAAAAAAAAAUAAAAAAAAAA